AUGGCCAGCCCGUACAGCACGUCUCAGAGCAUCGUCGCCGACUUUGUCCCCACCCUACCCUCUCCCUCCAACCCACACAGCAUCAUCUCCUCUGAGAGUGAGAGCUCUCCAGCCAUUAGCCAGCAGACGUAUCUCAGUCCUCACAGUAUCAUCCCUUCUUCUGAUGCUGGUCUAUCGUCCCCCGCUUCGUCUUCCGCCACCGCCGCCACCACCACCAGGUCUCCCCAGACGGUGUCGAUAGGACCCGAUCAUCCAGACUCCAAGUACCAUUACCAGACGCCUGUCAUUUAUAACGCCUAUGCAGCCAACAACAGCAACUCCAAUCUUAACACCGUUGCUGGGCCUCCGGGUCUCUGGUCUCAGUCUACAGAUGUGUAUUACCCACCUCCUCCAUUUCAGUGUGAUGACCAAGGACAGUACGCAAAGGCGACCAUUCAGCAACCGCAACUUCAGCAACCUCAGCAGCAACCUCAACAGCAACAGCAACAGCAGAUAUUCCAACCACAAUACCAACAGCAGCAACAAUACCAACAAUACCAUCAGCAACAGCAACCACCAUCCGCACAAUCAUUCCCCAUGUACCCUGUAGGACACCCCAACGUCGCCACUACCACCUCUCAUAACAUCAACGACCCAGACCACCACAAACCACCAACAGACACCACACACAUGGAGAUCCUUGGCAGCGGCCAACAACAUCAGCCCGACAAGACUAAGAGCAAGAAGAAGAAGAGAAAGAAAUGCAUCUGCUUCUUUAUCCUCUUCCCCGUCAUCAUCGGCAUCGUCCUCGGGAUCGUCUUUGGCGUCAUCCUCAAGAAGAACAAUAACGAUGGCGACAAACCUCCCAACCCAUCGACGUCAGGAAGCGGUGGCUCUUCUUCGACGACGGCGACAACGACUGCAACUGGGUACUACCCUUACCCGACGGGCAUGCCUGAUAUGACUAAUUGUAUCUUAGCAUGCCAAAAGGCUUUAACGGAUUGUACUGGGAAAUGUGGUACCAACUCUACCGCCUAG